UGGCUUGCUUCUUUGAAAUAGUUUUGUAGCGGCUCGACAUAAAGUUGACGAUGUGAUGAAAAUGUUUACUGUUUGCCGAUUUUGCUUGAACGAUGAUGAGACAAGCCUUCGUCUAAUCAUGCAGUCCGACGAUUAUUCGCUUACUAUCGAAGAUAUGGAACUGUUAACGGGAUUACAACUAAAUGACGAGCAACUCUACUCAUACGCCGUUUGCUUUGAAUGUUCGAAGAAUCUGGAAAUGUUGGGUGCCUUUCGAGAACUUUGUUUAAGCAACGAUGCUUACUUCCGACAAGUCUGCACCAUGCAGUAUGCAAAAGUGGAACUAGCUCCCAAUGAAAUAGAGUUUGCGCAUAGUGUAACAAUUGAAGAAGAUAGCGCUGAUGACUUGCCAGCGACCGCACAAAACCGACUAACUCCACAAAGCAACUUGGACCUGGAAGUGGAAAACGAUGACUACUGUUCUGUGCGGAAUACAAUCGCCUCGGCGCAAUCUUUCGUAUCCAAGCAUGGCGAACGUGGCGAGGAUCACGAGGAUUCACCGACAAACUUAGCAAAAACAUGCAAAACGAAAUGUGGUUCUACAAAGAUCCCAGACGAGUGUAAAAACACAAACCGGCCGAAGAACAGCCAACGGCAACUUUGUGAUAUGUGUGGAAAAAUGGUAACAAACAUAGUGCUGCAUAUUUCUAGCCACACGAAGGAAACGAAAUACAAAUGUGUACACUGUCCUACGAAAAUGACUCAUCCAGCCAAUCUACUGCGCCACAUUAGGGCUGUCCAUUUGAAGACAAUCGUAAAAUCAUGUGAAUUGUGUGGUAAAGGUUUCACGCACAAUAACACCUAUAAAUCACACAUGCGCUCACAACACGAUAUCGGAGAAACCUACAAAUGUAAAAUGUGCUCCAAACCGUUCAAGUAUCCUAGUGGUUUGAGGGAUCAUGUGCAACGAUUUCAUACCAGCGGCAACAAUUAUAAGUGCGUUGUAUGUGAGAAAAUGUUCAAAACGAAGCAGGCAUUGAAGGAACACGAAAAUGUACACACGAACGAAACACCACAUUGCUGUAAAUAUUGCCCAAAGCGAUUUAAAAGCAGAAGCGCCAGAUACGCGCAUCAGUUAACGCACAGUGACAUCGUAUUUAGCUGCAAGUUUUGCGAUAAAUCAUACCGUUAUAAAACUCUGCUCAACAUCCACGUUCGAAAACAUCACCAAUUGAACGUUAGCGAGAGCGAAUAGGACCGUAGUCGAAGUUGGUGUGAAGGGAAUGUUCCAAAUUGCGUGUGAUGUUUACAAAUGCAAAAAGAAUAUAAACAUGUUAAGCGAAGGUACCGUCCAAGUUUUGUCUCAGGACUCUGUGUUGAAAAAAACCUUU